UAUAAAGUUUAACUAAAGUGCAAAUACUCUGAGCCCCAUAAGUCAAUAGUCCAGGCUAUGUGACAGGACACAAAACCUUUCUGCAUUGCAUAUUUCCAGUGUUGCCCAAGAUGGCAUAUUAUACUUUAGCUUUUACUUAUUUUAUGUGUACCUUUACAAUUGGAGCAGUUGCAUCUUCCCCAACAAGAGAUCAGGUUUUGUCUAUUGAGCCCAAGUCAGAUGAAGAGAUUCAAGUUAUCAAAAAAAUAUCCAACCAAUACAAGGCAGUUCUGUGGCAACCCAGCUCAAUUGAUGCUAUUGGAAUCAACAAAAAAAUCCACCUUUAUAUCAAUGCAACUAAUAUCGAAGAGGUGAAAACUCAGCUUUCUACAGGAAACAUUACACACAGCACAAUGAUCGGGGAUGUUCAGCGGCUCAUAAAAAUGCAAAAAAAUACUAAUCAGGUAUUUCAUCCCCGUGGCUUCGCUUCUUACUAUGAACAAUAUCAUACAUUGCAAGAGAUUUAUUUAUGGAUGUCACAAAUUACCAGUGCAUAUCCACCCUACAUUAAAAAAAUACUUAUCGGGCCAUCAGCUGAGAAGCGUCUAAUUUAUGUCUUAAAGAUUUUCAAAGGUGUUGACCAACCAAAGGGUGCAUUGUGGAUCGACUGUGGCAUUCAUGCACGGGAAUGGAUAUCGCCCGCAUUCUGUCAGUGGCUUGUGCAACAUCUUAUAGACACAGAGGACAAGAUGAUCACCGACAUUCUAAAUUCAUUUGAAAUAUACAUCCUCCCUGUGUGGAAUGUUGACGGCUACGAUUACACCUGGACAACGAAUCGUUUUUGGAGGAAGAACCUUUCCAAGCAUAAAAUGGGACAAUGCGUAGGUACUGACCUAAAUCGCAACUGGGAUGCAGGCUGGGGUGGUCAUGGUGCAUCAAACAACCCAUGCAGUGAAACAUAUGGUGGACAAUACCCAGAGUCUGAACCAGAGGUGAAAGCUGUUGCUGCUUUCAUUAGACAGAGAUCUGAUCACAUCAAGUGCUAUAUCUCAAUACAUUCAUACUCUCAAAUGAUUUUGUUUCCAUAUUCCUACAAAAAGUCCAGAUCAAAGGAUCAUAAUGAAUUGAAUCAGUUGGCAAAGAAGGCGGCCGCUGCUCUGAGGUCGGUGUAUGGGACCAGGUACACAUAUGGGAACUCAGCAAGCACAAUCUAUUUAUCCAGUGGCUGUUCGGAUGACUGGGCUUAUGACUUGGGCAUUAAAUAUUCAUUUACUUUUGAACUUCGUGAUACUGGGAAAUAUGGUUUUUUACUCCCACCUUACCUAAUUAAACCAACGUGUAUUGAGGCCGGAAUUGCUUUGAGCAAAAUCCUACAUCACACCGUUCAAGACAUUUGAAUAAAGUUAAUAUUUGCUCAUGACCAUCAACAGAAAUAUUUAAUUGCAACUGUUCUCUGGCCUUUUUAUGUACAUGGCCUUUUACGUAAUUUUGUUAGUUCACAUUU